AUGACAAUCUCUUUCUGUCGAGUGUCGUUCAAUUCUUGUCUAAACUUGCUCGAGGUGCGUCGAAAAAACGAGGAGAUUCCAUCUUGCUGAUUAGGGCCUGUGUGUGUCGUAUCACCUACAGGGCCUCUGUGGUAGGUCUUUCGAGUUUCUGAGUCUGUACAAUAUCACGUUGACCAAGUCUGAGGGCGAAACUGAUCGAUACGACCAACUGCAGGUCUGGAAAGCACUGGCCACACUCAGACAGCCUCGAUGACACCCUUCUCUGUUGGCAUAUCCCUUGUCCACAGAGAGUGAUGGGGCGACUCUUCGGAACCAUUGUGUGCAUGGAGUUCCUUCUAUCGUUUCGUUCCGCUGGCGAGUUGUCGCUGCCCGUCGUUGAGGAAAUAGUCAUGUCGGCCGCGACGGCUGGCCUUAAGGCCAACCCAAAUCGACGCACUCUCAAGUACGCCACAUACACCUGGAAUGUGAGUAUGUAUGUAGCUGACCGUGUCCCUUCAGGUUCCUGGAUCUGCCUGCCACCGCAAACAGCGUUGAGCCCUUCCUCCAAUUGGCAUUGAAGGACCUCACACUAUCGUACCUCUCUCUUUCAUGUACGUGAAGCCACCAAGCAAAUGUCGCGUACAUGAUGCUGUUUCAUAUGUGUCGAUUCGGCAGCAUCUGAGCCGCUGGGCGAUCUCAUCAGCCGGCAUUUCCUGUCGAGUGGCGACUUUGCGUCAUUGGUGCAUGGGGCCGUCGCCAGGGCCGAUGCUGAGCGUGAGAGUGCCCUGCAAGCCGAACGUGGUGUCAAGGAGCGUCAGUGGGCGGCCGAUGAUGCCCGCCUGCCGCCGGCGGCUGACGCAGCUGAGGAGGACCGACGGAGGGCGGCAGGGGGAAGGAGGGAGGAGGGGCUGCGGGCCAAGGAGGAGGAGGCCAGAAGCAAAUCGCCAUUCGUGCUGGACCUCAGAGGUACGUGAAUGUGCAGACAGAGCCAGGGGGAUAUCGGUGCAUUUAUGUUGUGUUGGUCUGCCUGUGACUCCCGUUCAGACGUUCCUCUUGCCGGUGCCAGCAGCGAUGCCUAUGACGUGCCGGCUAUGUUUCAGGUGGUCGAGGACAUGAACAAGCAAUACAACUUCCGGCGUUCGGUGAUCGACACAUGUAAGGAGCCGAAGCCACCUUUCCCCUCAACUCCUCUGUGUGUGUCUUCCUCUCUCUCAAUGUCUGUCAGCCCUGGAUUCCGUCGGUUGGCAGCUGUCGCCUAUCCACCGGCGCCUGUGUCGUGCCCUUGUGCAGUCCUAUGACCCAAUCAGCCCUCUCGUGUGGGCGGAGACAGUCGCCAGCAAGGGGACUUCAUUGAUGCUGCUGUAUUUUGAAAGCCUAUCACACAAGAAUCCCGGCGCCGACUCAGAACAUGGCUUCCAGAACCCCUUCUCUGUGACGGCGGCUGACCUGGCCAUUUACCGCGGCUGCGUGAGGGAGCUCGAGGCUCUCAAAGACGACCCUGCCAUCAACAACAUCACUCAAGAGGAUGUCGACAGUGCCAACACCGCCCUCACUGGUAAGUGAGCUGAGAAGGGGGAAAUGGCACCAUCACACGCAUGUGUCAUCUCCUUCGUUGUGUUGUGGUUAGAGACCGUCAGGCUGGGCCAGGAGCAGGGGACUGUGCAUCUAGCGGUACACGAGAUCACACGCUGCGGAUCGUCUGUUGCCGACUACUGUGCGCUUAUCAUUCAGGCUUUGUUUGAGAAGCAGAAGCGGCUGCAGGUGAUCGAGAACCUGCUGGCGACGCUGCAGACCAAGCUCAGCGACCUCAAGGGGCAGAGGGACAAGGCCGCUCUGUCCAAGGCCGGCAAGAAGGGCAUCGACACGAACAGCCUUGACAGCAGGAUCGCCAGCCUCACCGAGCAAAUCAACAAGAACACCGCGGCAAGGGCAGAAGUGGUCAGAGAGAUCGGUACGAAGUGCAGCAUCAGACGCAGACACAAAUCUUACAUUCUACUCCGUCUUUGGACCAGACAUGCUUCAGAGGAUGGUUACCGGCGAGCGUCCUGCGGUCGAGGACCAGCCCAAAAGCCGCUGUGACGUCGUGCGCGAGGAGCUGCGUGAGAAGCUUGAGAGAAGGAAGAAGGAGAAGGCCAAGCAGGAGCGGCGCACGAAGCGCCAAGCCGACAAGACAACCGACGAGGCCGUCAGUUCCGUCAUGGCGGCCAAGGAGGUGACGGCGCGCAGGAACGAGAAGGACCUUCUCCGGGAAAUCGGCGAGCAGGUGUCCGACGAGAGUGAGGACCAGCAGCGGCAGGGCGAAGGUGGGCAGCAGGUGGGCGAGGGCGGCAAGAAGGCCAAGAAGAAAAAACGACCCAAGACCAAAAGACCCCCGGCCGCCUCUGCUAUAUCGUCUGGCCCUCUCCCAUCCGCCGCCGCAGCGCCAUCCGUUGCGGCAGACGGCAGCCCAUCUGUGCAGGAGGGAGAGGGAGAGGCGGAUGACGGCCUCGAGCUCGUGGACAGCGAGCCGUCGAGCAGCCAUCUGUAUGGCCCAGCUGUCGCGUCCGGUGGUGCUGCGGCCACGAGUGCUGCCCAGGAGUCACUGCAGCAUCUGUCGAUGGCUCCCUCCAUGCACCCGCUGCCCGACGUCGGGUAUUACUCUGACGACCUGCUGUCGCUUGAUGCUGUGAGUGAGGAUGGUGGCGGUGGUGAUGGCCUGGCUGGCCAGGGUGCUGGGGCGACGGGAGGCGCGGCGGGGCAUCGUGACAAUGGGCGUGUGGGUGGUGGAGAGGAGACCGAGGCGAUGCGGGCCAGGUGAGGCGAUUCAUGGGGUCUGGUUACACAGUGACGGUAUGUCUGGUCUUGUCAGGGUUGCUGAGCUCGAGGCUGAGUUGAUGCGCAGAGACCGGCAAAGCGAGGCGGCGAGGUGAGACAAGAAGAACGAAGUGGGGAGGGACUCACCACCGUGGUUGUGGUGUCGGACUAUAGGCGUGAGUCGAUGGAGAGGGAGGCCGCGUUUCAGCAACAGCUUCAGGCUGCCCAGCAGGAGACUCAUGCGGCUCGUCAGGAGAUCGAGCGGUACACAUGCAUCGGUGCAUCCAUCCAACUGACUGUUCCCUCCUUUGUUGCUGUCUGCAGGUUGCGUGAGGCUCAGUUGGCCGGCGAGCAGACCGUCGCUGACACUCUGGCGGCCAACGAGCGGCUCCGGGCCGAUAUGCGGCAAGCCAAUGCGGAUCGACAGCAGCUCAGCCGACAGCACCAGCGGCUCACCAGGUAUCUACACACACAGGGCCUACGCAGCGCCUCACCGUCUGUGUGUCCGUGUGUUCAGUGACAUCGAUCGCGAGAGGUCUCUUCGUGAGCAGCAGGCGGCCGAGAUGGGGCAGCUGCAACAUCACCUCGACACACACAAGAGGUCAGCCAAACAGCACUGACGCCCACAACAAAAUGAACGGGACUCACCCCGUGUGUGACGUUUGUCUAUCAUUACGUAUGUGUCAGGGCUGCUGCUGAGAGGGAGGCGUCGCUCACUCAGCAGAACACAUCCCAGGCACAGGAGAUCGCCAGGUAAUUAACCGACAGGCCGCCAACGUACCUCGUCACGCAUCUCUCUCCCUUUGUGUCUGUCGCUCAAUCAGUCUCACCGAGGGCAACCGGGCGCUGCAGGCCGACAUUGAUGAGCUACGCAGCAACCAGAUCGACAGGUCAGUACCCAAUCACACAGAGGCGGGCAACACCAGUGCAUGCCCUUUGAUGUGAUGUCUGUCAUUCAGGUUGACCGAGAGAUCUGGCCAACUGACCACUGCUGAUGAGUUCAGCGGCUUUGCUAUGCAGCUGGCGGACCGCCAGACGGCCCUCACCACCACAGAGCUGCCCCAGCUGCAUUCACUCGAGCGGCGGGCUCAGCAGGCCGCCCAGCAGAAGAUGCAGGCCGAGUUGCGCCAGCAGAUGCGGCAGGAGAUGCAGCAGAGCAACCAGAGGACACGAGAGGAGGCCACCGACUGCCAAGUCUGCCAGGAGAGGGAGCGGUCGGUGGUGCUGCGGCCGUGCAACCACUUCUGCAUCUGCCUGCAAUGCGCACAGACCAUGCAGCCCCGCCAGUGCCCCCUGUGUCGACAGGCCUUCACCGGCUGGAGCCCCGCCAUAUUCUCGUGACAACAGAUCGACCCACUGUGGGUGCUGGUGGUGGGGUGGGUGCUGGUGGUGGGGCUGUGGUGCGGUCGAAUGCGUGUGUCGACGGCCGGCAUGCUAUCAUGGCAGACAGACAGCGGGGGGAGGGGGCCCAGUGGUUGAUUUAAGACUUUUGUUGCUCUGUGUCCGUGUCCCCCAGAGGCAGCCUUUAUGGCUUUUUGACCCCUCAUUGCAUUGUGUACGUUUCCUUCUUUAUGUUGACUAGCUGCCUCGCUGUCUGAGUGCGUGUGCCACCGACCGACGCUAUCAUGGCAGAGUUGUGUUGUGAUGUGUGUGUGUUCAUGGAGGAGAGCUUUCAUGGCCUUCUUUAACCACACCUCAGUCACCGUCUUGUUUUGCAUUCCAUUGCAUGGGUCUCGCUCCUUGCUUUAUGUGUAUAUCCAUCGCUGCCUCGCUGCCUAGGUCAAAGGAGGGAUAUGUCGGGUGCUGAUGUGUACAUACAUACAUACCUGUAUAGAUACUCAGUCAUCCAUUCAUCCACCCGACUCCUUGGGGGUUGCCUGGCUUCGGUGCCUGGUGCGUCU